AUGUUCGCGAAAACUUUUUUACUCUCAUCAAUGCUGUUGGCCACAGCUACAAACUUAGUUUCGGCCUCUUAUUCCAUUAGUUCUCCUGGAACUGGCGUUGUCUGGAAAGCUGGCGACAAAGUUCAAAUCAAAUGGACUGCAAGUGGUCAAGUUGAAACCCGAAUUGAUAUUCGUCUCGUUCAUGGAGACGCCGCUAAUUUAGUAUACGACUUCAAUUUAUGUUCCAACGUGAAUCCUUGGGAUGGUCAAUGUAGCUAUGUCGUUGACUCCAAUAUUGCUUCGGGAAUUGAUUAUGCAGUGACUGCUGGAAAGUCACCGGAAAAUUUCGGAUAUUCGAGCUAUUUUACAAUUCAAGCUCGUGGGCCGCUUCCCGAAAAUAAAGGUUGCCCAAACAUGGGUGGCAAACUUUGUCCUAAAUCUUUGCCUUGCUGUAGUUCCUCCGGAUAUUGCGGAGAUUCGGCAGCUCAUUGUGGUGCGGGCUGUAUUCCUAAAUAUAGUUUCAAUGGCCAAUGUGUAAUUCCUGGCGCUCAGGGAACAAUAAAUACACCAGUCACAAAUGUCAAGACAAAGACAUCUCCCGUCGUACCGCCACGUGCACCUAAAUGUGGCACCAAAGUUUGCACGAAAUCUCUUCCUUGCUGUAGUGCUUCUAAAAAAUGCGGUAAAUCCUGCGGCAAAGGAUGUGAUCCAACGUUAAGUUUUGCUGGAAAAUGCGUUCGUCCAUUACGGAAAAUCAAAUAG